AUGUCCAAUCCUCUCGGAGCUGGUAAAGGAGACCUCUCUGGCAUCGUCAAUAACCUCAAAGGAACCAUCGACAACCCCGGUGUACCCAUCCUUCAGAGGCAGCAAGCGCAGCAGCAACUGCAGUCCCUCAUCAAGGCCAACAUCGACCUUGGCGGUAUCCUGAGUACCCAGGAGAUAACCCAUCUCCUCUCCCCUAUAAGCGGCGCCGUCGGUGACGUAGCUGGAACCGCUGGUGGCCUCGCCGGAGGGCUCACUGGUGAACAAGGCGCUGGCGGUGUCCUCGGUGGCCUGACUGGAGGCGGGGGCGGUGGAGGAGGUCAGCAGCAACAGCCCCAGUCCGGCGGCGGUGGUAUCCUUGGCGGUGGUGAUCAAGGGCAGAAACAAGGCGGCCAGCAAGGCUCUGGCGGCGGGGGAGGCCUCCUUGGUGGUGUUGGCGGUAUCCUCGGCGGUGGGUCUGAUAGCCAGAGUCUCCCUGGCUCCCUCCUGGAUGUCAACGUCGGUCCACAGAAGGAGCCAGCUCCCACAGCGGAUAGUCAGAUCCUGAAGCAUUAUAUCGGGACCUUACAGAAUCCCAAUGCUUCCCAGACGGCGAAGAACCAGGCCAAGAAGGUCUUGCAGGAUAGCGGUAUCGAUCUUUCUUCCGUGUAA